AUGGUUGUUGUGGGAGCGAGUAACGGAACUUUCGGCGGUGGCAACAUGAGGUCGUCAUACAUGAUCGAGGAUCGAGUCGGUGGCGGAGAUCCCGGGGGCUCCACCAACAUGAUGAUCUCGGAGGCUCUUGCGCCCCGGCUGCUGAAGAUUGCGCAGGGCGCCGCAGAGGCUGCGGCAGCAGCGGCAGCAGCGACUUCUCCGUCCACCUCCAGUCAGCCGCAGGUCAUGGAGACGAACGGGACCCGGUGCGGCGAACUGAUCCUGAGCUACGGCCGGGUGGAGAAGGUCCUGAUCGGCGGGGUCCUCACCAUGCUCACGCUGUCCACCAUCUGCGGGAACUUGCUGGUGGUCAUCUCCGUGUGCUUCGUCAAGAAGCUGCGCCAGCCGUCCAACUACCUGAUCGUGUCUCUGGCCGUGGCGGACCUGUCGGUGGCCGUGGCCGUGAUGCCGUUCGUGAGCAUCACGGACCUGAUCGGGGGUCAGUGGAUAUUCGGACAGUUCUUCUGUAACGUUUUCAUCGCCAUGGAUGUGAUGUGCUGCACCGCGUCCAUCAUGACUCUGUGCGUAAUAAGCAUUGACAGGUAUUUGGGCAUCACCAAACCCCUGACGUAUCCGGUCCGGCAGAACGGCUGCUGCAUGGCCAAGAUGAUCCUGUCAGUGUGGCUGCUCUCCGCCUCCAUCACCCUCCCCCCGCUGUUCGGCUGGGCGCAGAACGUCAACGACGGCAGAGUCUGCCUCAUCAGCCAGGACUUCGGCUACACCGUGUACUCGACGGCUGUGGCCUUCUACAUCCCCAUGUCAGUGAUGCUCAUCAUGUACUACAGGAUCUACCGAGCAGCCAAACUCAGCGCCGCCAAGCACACCAUCACCGGCUUCCCCAGGGAAGGGGAGCAGCGAGCAGGGGCGGCUGUGCGAGGGGGCCGGGCAGGGCCGGACGCCCAGCAGCCGGCGGAGUCCGGGGAGACGGGCAGCGUGGAGGGGACGGAGGUGGAGCCAGAGGAGGAGGCCGAGGAAGAGGAAGAGGAGGAGAGUUUGGACUGCGUGGCGGCGGCGCUCAAGCUGCAGCGCGAGGUGGAGGAGGAGUGCAGCACCCGAGUGUCCCGCCUCCUCAAGACCGGCGAGCACCACCAGCGCCGGAAGAGGAAAAACCAGUCCAUCUUCAAGCGGGAGCAGAAGGCCGCCACCACGCUGGGCAUCGUCGUCGGCGCCUUCACCUUCUGCUGGCUGCCGUUCUUCCUGGUGUCCACCGCCCGGCCGUUCGUCUGCGGCGUGGAGUGCAGCUGCGUGCCGCUCUGGCUGGAGAGGACGCUGUUGUGGCUCGGCUACGCCAACUGCCUCAUCAACCCCUUCAUUUAUGCGUUCUUCAACCGCGAUCUGAGGACCACCUACAGUAACCUCCUGCGGUGCCGCUACAGGAACAUCAAUCGGAAGCUGUCGGCGGCUGGCAUGCACGAGGCGCUGAAGCUGGUGGAGAAGCCAGACACUGAUGUGUAG